AUGGCCCUGUUCAGUAAUUUUACGGGAACUUGCUGGAAAUAUUUGCACGGGGACCAUCUGAAUAAGAUGGUGGUCACAUUGCGGGCAUUGCACAAGUCGGCAGCCAGCGAGGCUUUUGGGAUCCCCGCGUCAACAGACGAGGACAGCGUCUCCCCGGGUCUCAUCACAGCGGCGCAAAUCGCAGACAAGAACAGAAGAGUUAAGAGUUUGAAAGAGAUGCCCGGCCCCAGCACGACGUCCAACCUCGUCGAAUUUUUCUGGAGGGACGGUUUUAGUAGAAUUCAUCAAAUCCAGAUGGAGCACAGCAAGAAAUAUGGGAACAUUUUUAAAUCCCGUUUUGGGCCUCAACUGGUGGUCUCCAUCGCCGGUCGUGAUCUGGUGGCUGAGGUGCUGAGGGCUGAAGGUGUGGCCCCCCAGAGAGCCAACAUGGAGUCCUGGAAAGAGUACAGAGACAUGAGGGGACGUUCCACAGGUCUCAUCUCCGCGGAGGGUGAGCAUUGGCUGAAAAUGCGAAGUGUCCUUAGGCAGCUCAUCAUGCGCCCCCGGGAUGUGGCGGUCUUCUCCGAAGAUAUUAACAACGUGGUAGAUGACCUGAUCAAGAGAGUUUGUAUUGUGCGUAGCCAGGCGGCGGAUGGAGCAACUGUGCCCAACGUGAAUGACCUCUUCUUCAAAUACGCCAUGGAAGGUAUCGCGGCCAUUUUGUACGAGUGUCGUUUAGGCUGUCUGGAAAAUGAGAUUCCCAAAGAAACUCAAGACUACAUCAACGCACUGCACCUCAUGUUCAGUUCCUUCAAGACUACCAUGUAUGCCGGAGCCAUCCCUAAGUGGCUUCGGCCCAUCAUCCCAAAACCUUGGGAGGAGUUCUGCUUCUCUUGGGACGGCCUCUUCAAAUUCAGCGUUAUUCACAUUGAUAAGAGGCUCAGUGAGAUCAAGGCCCAGCUUGAGCGGGGAGAGGAGGUGAAGGGAGGACUGCUUACACACAUGCUCGUCACCAAGGAGAUGAGCAUGGAGGAAAUCUACGCCAAUGCAACCGAGAUGUUACUCGCAGGGGUUGACACGACAUCCUUCACCCUGUCAUGGGCUAGCUACCUAUUAGCACGGCACCCCCAAAUCCAAGAACAAAUCCACAUGGAGGUGGAGAAGACUUUAGGACCUCGAACUGUCCCCGUAGCCGAAGACAUAACUCGCUUACCUCUAAUCAGAGGCCUGGUGAAAGAAACCCUCAGGCUUUUUCCAGUUCUCCCAGGCAAUGGACGGAUUACCCAGGAUGACUUGAUAGUGGGCGGAUACUACAUCCCCAAAGGGACUCAGUUGGCUCUUUGUCACUACUCCACUUCCUUGGACGAGGAGAACUUUGCUGACGCUUUAGACUUCCGGCCGGAUCGUUGGAUAAGAAAAGAUUCCUCAGAUCGUGUCGACAACUUUGGCUCCAUUCCGUUCGGCUACGGCAUCAGGAGCUGCAUUGGCAAGAGAAUAGCCGAAUUAGAAAUGCAUCUGGUUCUGACGCGGCUCAUCCAAAGGUUUCACAUUUGCACGUCUUCUGUCACUGCUGAAGUGCAGGCCAAAACUCACGGCCUUCUCUGCCCUGCAAGCCCGAUCCACCUGCAGUUUAUUGACAGACAAAACUAGUGUUUCUGCUGAGGUUUUACUCGGGCAGCAAAGGAAGGACACGAAUCUUACUGGACCAAUGAUAUAAAGUAAAAUACUCUAGCUCAUUUUAUGUUUUGCCCGUUAUAGAUCAAACCACUGUAUUUUAUUGCUAGAGAUGGGACUCCUGUGAUUCAUUCUGUUAUUUGCUAUAAAAAAUAAUGAGUGCAACGCAAACUGUAACCUACAUAAUCACACUGAUGCAGGCACAAUUUCACAUGCACCGUUUUUUUUUUUCCCCCUGGGUUGGACACUGAAUGUUGAUGGUAAACAGUGAAUGUAUUGAGAAUCAGCGUUUUUUAUAAGCAAUGUCCAUAACUAAUUUUUUUUUGCUGACUGUUAUAUGUGUACUAAACGACUUAUUCCAACCAAGUAUUGUGCCUAUAUAUUUUAAUUCUUUUUUUCAAGUGUAAGCAGUGUGCUAGAAUGUUUGUGUGCGUGUGAAGAAGAAACAGAUAUCUAAUUGAUCAAUCCGUUAUUUGUAAAAGAGUCACAACUGUGAAACAAAUAAAAUGUAGGUUUGUAUUUUUGUAUGCGCUGUAAAAGGACAAAACUGUUUAGUGUUAUUUUUUAUGGAUGCAUACUUUUAGCUAUUUUAGAGGUAAUGCAUGUAACAAAGAAAGGGAUGAGGAUUCCCACUUUUUUCAUGGAAGAAAAUAGAACAAAUUUAUACAAUUGUAACGAUCUGUUUAAUUGUAUUUUUUACUGCUCUAAUUGUAGUUUCAGUAAAACUGGAAAUCAUAAAUAUAAUGGAAUUAUGAUGUG